CACGACUUGACACAUAACCUCAAAAUAAAAACACCGUCAAAAACUUUGUUUUGUUGAACAUAUUCGCAAAUAAACGCUUGAAAGCGAUAAUACAAACUUAUAUUUGUUAAAAAUAAAUAUGUCUAAUCCUGCAGAAAAAAGGCCUGGUAAAGACCAAGGAGGCGGCGAUGGUAAAGAAAAACGUCGCAAGGAAUCUAUUUUAGAUCUUAGUAAAUACUUAGAAAAAAGUAUACGUGUUAAAUUUGGUGGGGGACGUGAAGCUGCAGGUAUUCUUAAGGGAUACGAUCCUUUGCUUAAUUUGGUGCUGGAUAACACUACAGAGUUCUUAAGAGAUCCUGAUGAGCCGUACAAACUUGUUGAAGACACGAGAACGUUAGGUUUAGUCGUGUGCAGAGGGACGUCCGUGGUUUUGAUUUGUCCUCAAGAUGGUAUGGAGGCUAUUCAGAAUCCCUUUAUUGCCCAAGACGGUUAAAUUUAAGUCCAUUUCUUUAAUUUAUAACUUUUGUUAAGUA